AUGCCGUUUGGAAUAGACAACACCGACUUUACUGUCCUGGCGGGGCUAGUGCUUGCCGUGCUACUGUACGUAAAGAGAAACUCCAUCAAGGAACUGCUGAUGUCCGAUGACGGCGAUAUCACAGCCGUUAGCUCGGGAAACAGAGACAUUGCUCAGGUAGUGACUGAGAACAACAAAAACUACCUGGUAUUGUAUGCGUCGCAGACUGGGACUGCCGAGGAUUACGCUAAGAAGUUUUCCAAGGAGCUGGUGGCCAAGUUCAACCUAAACGUUAUGUGCGCAGAUGUUGAAAACUAUGACUUUGAGUCGCUAAAUGACGUGCCCGUCAUUGUCUCAAUCUUUAUCUCUACAUAUGGUGAAGGUGACUUCCCCGACGGGGCGGUCAACUUUGAAGACUUUAUUUGUAAUGCCGAAGCGGGUGCACUAUCGAACCUGAGGUAUAACAUGUUUGGUCUGGGAAACUCUACUUACGAAUUCUUUAAUGGUGCCGCCAAGAAGGCCGAGAAGAAUCUCUCCGCCGCAGGCGCUACCAGACUAGGUAAGCUCGGUGAAGCCGAUGAUGGUGCAGGAACCACGGAUGAAGACUACAUGGCCUGGAAGGACUCCAUCCUGGAGGUUUUGAAAGACGAGCUGCAUUUAGAUGAACAAGAGGCCAAGUUUACGUCUCAAUUCCAAUACUCUGUGUUGGAAACAAUCACCGACUCCGUGUCGCUUGGUGAACCCUCUGUACACUAUUUGCCCUCGCAUGAAUUGAACCGCAAUGCGGACGGCAUUCAAUUGGGUCCCUUCGAUUUGUCUCAGCCUUUCAUUGCUCCCAUCGUUAAAUCUCGCGAACUGUUCUCUUCGAAUGAUCGUAACUGCAUCCACUCUGAAUUUGACUUGUCUGGCUCUAACAUUAAAUACUCCACUGGUGAUCAUCUUGCUGUUUGGCCCUCCAACCCAUUGGAGAAAGUCGAACAGUUCUUAUCCAUAUUCAACUUGGACCCUGAAACCAUUUUUGACUUGAAGCCAUUGGACCCCACCGUUAAAGUGCCCUUCCCAACACCAACUACUAUCGGUGCCGCUAUUAAACACUAUCUGGAAAUUACAGGACCUGUGUCGAGACAACUGUUUUCGUCUUUGAUUCAGUUCGCCCCCAACGCUGACGUCAAGGAUAAAUUGACGUUGCUAUCCAAGGACAAGGACCAAUUCGCCGUCGAGAUAACCUCCAAGUAUUUCAACAUUGCAGACGCUUUGCAUUAUUUGUCUGAUGGCGUCAAAUGGGACACUGUCCCCGUGCAAUUCUUGGUCGAAUCCGUUCCCCAAAUGACUCCUCGUUACUACUCUAUCUCUUCCUCUUCUCUAACUGAAAAACAAACUGUUCAUGUUACCUCCAUUGUGGAAAACUUUCCUAACCCAGAAUUGCCCGAUGCUCCUCCGGUUGUUGGUGUUACCACUAACUUAUUGAGAAACAUUCAAUUGGCUCAAAACAACGUUAACAUUGCCGAAACCAAUCUACCUGUUCACUAUGAUUUAAACGGUCCACGUAAUCUACUCGCCAAUUACAAAUUGCCCGUUCACGUUCGUCGUUCCAAUUUCAGAUUGCCUUCCAACCCUUCCACUCCAGUUAUCAUGAUUGGCCCAGGUACCGGUGUAGCCCCAUUCCGUGGGUUUAUCAGAGAGCGUGUUGCAUUCCUCGAAUCACAAAAGAAGGGCGGUAAUAACGUUUCACUAGGUAAACAUCUGUUGUUUUAUGGAUCUCGUAACACUGAUGAUUUCCUGUACCAGGACGAAUGGCCCGAAUACGCUAAGAAAUUGGACGGCUCAUUCGAAAUGGUCGUGGCUCAUUCCAGGUUACCCAACACCAAAAAAGUUUAUGUUCAAGACAAAUUAAAGGAUUGCGAAGACCAGGUGUUUGAAAUGAUUAACGACGGUGCAUUCAUCUACGUCUGUGGUGAUGCAAAGGGUAUGGCCAAGGGUGUGUCAACUGCAUUGGUUGGCAUCUUAUCCCGUGGUAAAUCCAUUUCCACUGACGAUGCAACAGAGCUAAUCAAGAUGCUCAAGACUUCAGGCAGAUAUCAAGAAGAUGUUUGGUAG